AUGUUUGCAUAUUUACGAGACUUUGCAAAUGGCUUCCUGUUCGCCGAGGUGCUGUCGCGCUACUACCCCAGCGACAUCGAGAUGCACUCCUUCGAAAAUGUAACCAGCACCGAGCUCAAGCGCGCCAACUGGGUGGUCCUGGAGAAGCUGUUCAAGAAGCGCAGCAUCCCCGUGGAGUCAAAACAGAUCGAGGCAGUCAUGAGCGCCGACGGCGACGCGGCCAGCGAGGUGCUGCAGCUGCUGUACGCGUUUAUAAACAGCGACGCAUACACGUCGUCCCUGGCCGCCACCAGCACCAAUGAGCGCCCCACGGCUGCGCGGGACGGCCCCGGCGGGGCCUAUGGCUUCACGCCAGAGCAGGCUGCGAUGGUGGCGUGGCAGCAGCAGAUGUUGAUCCAGCAGCAAGUGGCGGCGGCCGAGGGGCUGCCCCCAGCGUCCAAAAAGAAGCACAUAGCCGCACUAGCAGAGCAGCUGCAGGCCACAGGCGUGGCGGACCCCGCGCUGGCGCAGCAGCUGGGCACGCUGCUCGGCAGUGGCCUCGGCGGUGGGGGCGUACUUGGUGGCGGCGGCGGCGGCGUCAUCGGCGGCGUCGGCGGCGGGGCGGCGGUGCCUGACGAGCUUGCCUACAGCAAGAAGCCUCGGCCGGUUCAGUACAGGCCAUAUGGGAUGCGCGAUUACGAGGAGCGGGCAUACGACGUGAAGCAGGCCCCCGGGUACUGGCAGCUGGGGCGCCUGGGGCCCGAAAACGAGAACGCCGAGCUGCAGGCUAAGCGCGAGAACAGCGAGCGCAUCAAGCAGCUGUCCCGCCAAAUCAACGCCACCAACCAGCAGCGCCUCUCGUCGGCGGCGUCGAUCGGCAGCGCCGGCAGGGGCCCCGCGAGGAGCGGCGGCGGCGGCAGCGCCGGCAGCAUGGGCAGCGUGGGGCUCGGCGGCGGCGGCGGCGGCGUGGCGGGCAAGGAACAGAGCGCGCGGGAGCGGGCGGUCGAGUAUGCAAAAGCGAGCGUGCCCCGGCCGGAGCCGGCGCGCAAGAAGCCGCACAGCCCAGCGGCGGUGGGAGCGGGGCCGGUGGCGACUGCGGUGGUGAUGGGCGGCGUAGAGGUCAGCGGGCCGGCAAGCGCCAGCGUGCUGCGGCUCGAGAGGCUGCAGCGACAGCACGAGGCGGACUCGCAGGCGGUGGAGGCGAUAUGGCGGGAGAUGGAGCGCUCCAAAUCCAAGCGGUCAACCGAUGCCGACGGAUGCGCCACCGGCCGCACAGCACGCGCAGCACCAGCGGCGGCGCCGAGAGCAGCAGAGGCAGCGCGCCCCGCGCAGCGCACCGGCAGCCGGCGCAGCAGCGGGAGUCGCGGAAGCGACGGGGGCCGGGGCGGCGGCGGUGGCGGCGGCGAUGACGGCGGUGGCAGCGGGCAGUUUGCCCAGGCAGGAAUCCUGCAAGACGGCGAUGAGGGCGCCGCCUACAGCGGUUGCGGCGAGGUUGAGCGCGAGGGGGACGUCGAGGGCGGGGCGGCGGAGGACGAAGAGUACUUAGAACAGCAGCAGUGGGCACGGUGA